AUGAGGAUGGAAAAUAGACAAACAGCAGACGCUGCUGCGGUUGUUCGUCCAAGAUCAGUCAACCGAACUGUGGCCUGUGAAGCACAUGAAACAGCGUCAGAGCAAGAGCCACCAGCGAAACGUAUCAAAGUAGAAGAGGGGACAGCGUCUACUGGAGCCGAGGGAACAAGUCAAACACAAACUACCAACAUUUCAAAUUCAAAAACAUCACAGGAUUCUCGAGCUUAUCCUAUUGCCGAAACCUCAGGAAUCGGGCAAUCGUCGGUUGUUACAAACUCUCCUGUGGUUUCAAAUUUCUCAGGUAGUUCAUCUGUAGAAUCACUCCAUCCACCAGCAACUGCAACUGCAACAGAUUCAGUCGUACAUCCGCCAGCACCAGCUCCCCCAACCACAAAUCCAUCAGUGGAAUCGCCGGCAGCACUGGUACCUCUCAAGUCAACACUGAUGGCUCAUCUACAAACAAAAUACCAAGUUGAGCUUGAAUAUAUGCUCCUUGAGUUUCGAAAGCUAGAAAGGCAACUUUUGGGUGCUAAGGGUGCUGCACAAAUUGAAGAAUCAGCCGGUUCAAGGGAAAGAAGGGAAAAGCUGCACUCCUUCAUACUGCAUCUAGAAGAUACCAUAAGGCAGAUUGAUGAAGGAUGCCGGCUAGAAGCCGGAGCAUUUGAUGCGUCCGCGUCCCUUUCUCUAAAGAAAGGAGGUUCCACUGACGGCGAAACAACAAUUCCGGAAUCAAAAAGGAAAGAAACGGAAGAAAGUGUUCAAAAAUUGGAAGAACAUAUUCUAGCGAACUUGCUGCCGGUAAAAGUGAGGUUAAAGAAGCAGCUCGCAGCCCAGCAAGGGGCAACGCGAAACCCAGCUGGAAUGCCAGCUCCGAGACGUGGAAGUUAUGUCGCGUCCUCAUCUGCAGGCGCGAAAGGUACUUUUGCUGCCGCUGCCGAACAGAGGCAGAAGCAAGCGGAGGCCGCUAGGCUUGCGGCACAAGAGCAACAAGAGCAAAAGAUGCGCGAGGUUUCUGAUCCGACUCAGUUUGGUACUCCACUGAAGGGUGGUUCUUCGUUGACUAGGAAUCUGCAUGGUGCGACUCUUGGCUCGAAGCGAAGGACGCAUGGGCAUGGAGUGGGAGCAUGUACGCAGGCCAAUGAAGAGCCUACCAAUGGUAGAAUUUUGUAUGGAGGAAUGGUACCUGAAAGUACGCAGCAUCGUUCUGGAGUUGCUGCAGCAUCUGGGGUGCAUGAGAUGGUCAUUGAGAGCCCGUCGUUACUGACGCCCACGGAAAGUGUUGAAACAGCAGAGGCACCAGAGGUGGCAAACCAUCCAAUAGUACCACUGCAAUCCAGUACUCCUGUUGCUGUUGAGAUUUCUACCGAGAAAAACACUUUGUCGCACAAACCACCGCCACCAACAGUUGCUGCGGCGCCUCCUCCGGGACUAAAACAACCGAAACCUGUACCAGUUCAAACCGUCAAGGUUCAGGAGCCGGAAAUAGAGAAUAUUGAAGAGUCAUUGACAGAUGAAGAACGGAGGAGAAUGCGAAAGAAAAGGAGAAAGCGGAAAUUAUUGCGUAUCGCAAGACGGCGAGAAAGAGAACGGCAGCGACUUGUUGUGACGCAACCAGCUCAUCCUGCAAAUAUUCAAAUGAAGGUGGUCGGAGGAGGACGGAAAAAGUCUAAUUCAGGGAAGAACAAUGGAAGAAAGAAGGGGCCUAGAGCUGUUGAGUACAUUUGUGCGCUGUGUAAUGAUCCGUACAAUUCUACUUGUGAAUACAAUCCUUGGUGGGCACUCUCCCAGCAGGAGUGUCCCAAAUGUCGCAAAGUACAGAUACCAAGAAUUGACAUUACAGCUCCGGCCAACCAAAUCGAGUAUCACCCUGCUUUGUUGGCACACAUUGAUGACAAUGGAGGGAACGUGGGCUCAUCUGCUAGUGCUGUAUCCCAAUAUCUUCCGAAACCACCUCCGCCACUUCCGCCUCAUGCUCGUCUUGUAAAGCCAAUACAACAUCUAUACAGGGAGCCUUUAUCGCCUGGUAGCGAUUCGGACUCAGAUUUGAGCGAAUUAUCGGAUGGAAGUCUAUCUGAUCUUUCGGUGGGUUCGAGCGAUUCUGAUUUCGAUUUCUCUUCACUCACCCCGGUAGAGCAAGCAGAACACGAAACAUUUGGCCACAAGUACAAGGGGCCAGCUUUGUCAGAAGAUCAUGCGUCUCGACUUCUUGUUUUGAUGCAACAUUCGUCAACUUGCCCAUGCAGGCAUAAGUCAAAAAGACACCGAGACGUUUGCAGGAGUGUUAAGUACUUGAUGUUGCACGUCCGAGAUUGUCCAGGAUCAACCUCCAAUUUUGAUGUGUGCCCUUUUCCAUGGUGCAGAAAAGUCAAACACCUAUUGUACCACCUUGUUUCGUGUUCUAAUGCGACCAAGUGCAAGAUCUGUUCGCCACCAAACCUAUCCCCAAGCCUUCACGCUUUGAAAGGUUUGAAUCAAUUCAGAGCCAAAAUAUAUCGAGAAAGACUGAUUACAUUCAUGAAGAGAUCUGCAGCAGCAAGACGAGCUGCUGCGACAUUGGCGUACAAUAGCAAAACAGUCGGGCCACACCCUCCAUAUGUGACAGCAGCAAAGGGAGCAAGUGCGCUGAAACCAAUCCCGGCCAUACACGCGAAGCACCCACCAAGAAGCGCACCUCCUAGUGGAAUAGCAAGAAAAGGAAAGGAGACUGGGAUCCCUGCAACUGUGGGUGCUCCGCCUACAACCCAAACCAAAGCAACAUCUGCAACAGUGUUUGCUCAUCAUCCUUGGACCGCAAUGCAGAAAAGUGCUGCUAAAGCACCCCCAAAACAGAUAAGGGCACCGAUGCUACAACAUCUUCAAUCAUCAAAGGAUACAAAUUCGCAGGCUGCAGGAAAAACUCAGUCGUUGACGACGAUCAAAGGAGUCGAUCACAAGGUUUCGGCACCACCCACCUAUGCAUCUGUGGAGGACCCUCUUCGUGCAUCUGCUGCUCAAAGAGUACAAAAUCCAGUCCAGGUUAGCACUUCGCCUAUAUCAGGAGCAACAUUGGCUGCAUCCAAACCUGUUGGUUCUCCUAUUCCAGAAGAGUCCUCGCAGCAUGGAGUGAGCAAACCAGUGUCUGCUAUUUCGACAGCCCGAGCCACUCCUAACGCCGAGUCAAACCCGGCUACUUCGGUGAAGAAUGUUCGGCCUGUUGCAUCGUUGGUUUCACAACAAACACCAUCCAAAUCAUUGCUGUCGCACCCUGCAGCCUUGUCGCCAUCUAAUUUUGCAAAUGGUGUACCUGAUGGCAUAGCACCCGGAGUUGGGCAAAGUGCGACAGUGUCCAGAAAGGCACCUCCAGUUAUCGCCUCAAGUCCGUCUCUCCACGCUCCAGCUGCGAGCCAUUUGCAGCCUCAAUCUGUAGCACAGCUUUCCACGAGACCUGUUUCCACAACAGUGGAAGUGAAUGAGACGCCGAUGCAAGCGGCACUGAUGCACCAGACUGCUCUCCAAAGCGCUCUCUCAAGUGCUUUGGCCUCGGCAAAGCCUGCUAUGCAAAAGGAUAAUCCGCCCACAGCUACGCAGCAACCCCAUGUUUUGACCUCGCUUCCACCUUCAGGGCAUCCAACGGCGCAUCCUGAAUCAAUGCAAUCUGUGCAAACGCAGAAUGUUCCUCAGAGUCACCCGAAGGUGGAAAUAGCCACUGCUCCAGCAGCAUCACCGACAAUGAAAGUGCCUUCCCACGCAAAUGCAGCUCACUUGGCUCAUCUAAGUCAACCUGCAGCGGCAGGUUUGGCGUCUGUGUCAAGUAAUGAUGUCACAAAGGUGUUAGGAAGCGAACCUGUUGAGCAUCAAGCCAGUGUGAGAAGUGUGCGUCAUUUUGGAGCUCCAGCGCCGCCUUUGCAGAUGGCGAAGCAAGCUACAACUGGAACAGUGCAAACACAAACAAAACCUGCACCACACAGUAAACCUGUACCGGCAAAUAGCAUUCCAGCUGUAGCUGCCAGUGUGAAGAGAACAGAACAACUUGUAGCGGCAUCCCCACCGUCCCGCGUUCCAAUUACUCCAGUUACUGCUCAAGCCGCUCUUGUACCUUUGUCAAAUGCAAAUAGCACGAAACACCCUUCAGCAUCGGCGCCUUCGUCCCAUGUCACACGUGAACCAGCUAUUGAAACAGUGCCAACGCUACUGGCAUCUACUCGCCCUACAGCGACUCCAAGACCUCCGACUGUAGGUGGCACCCUUCACAUUGGGGCUUCUUCACAGACUAUGAAUGUGACGAAGUCACCUGUAGCCGGAGCAAUCCAAGCACAAUCGAGACCUCCGUCGCCAGCUAGAGGACAAUCGGUAUCUGUGAGUAGUGUUAUCCAUCAGACUAAUGCGAGAAGUGCCCUUCCUCCAUCACCGUCUGGCGAUAGGACGAAUCUACGUGUAGCCGAAAAAAUUCAAGUACAACAUAUCUCAACUGAUCCACAGACCAGCAUCCCAGCUACAGAAGUAACAGUUUUGCCUGCUCAAAGCAAUGGGAGCAAAGCACAGCACACAGUAGCCGCAACACUCGCGCCUGAAGUCUCUUCACAAGCUACAACCACGCCAGUGAUCCCCAAGGCAACACACGGUUCUUCAGGACGGUUUGGAACAGCUAUUCCAAAUUCCAGUUCCGCCUCACAAUUUGUGCAAACCAAGCUCGAACCUGGAAGGCCAAUGUCUACGAAUGCAGCAGAACAUGCUACAGUAAAGACCCGAAAAGUAGAGCAAACCGCUGAUAUUGUGAAAGUUGGAGGUUGA